GGGACCCGGUUGCCUCUUGCAGCAGAGCGGCGAGCUACUGCAGGAUCCCUGCGGAGCAGCCAAGUGUUCCAGUCAGCAGGUCGCCGCAGUCUGGUCCGGGAGUGUUAAGCUUCCCUCCCGCGCGAGGCGUCCUCGCUGUGCUUGAAGGGUGGGGCUGGGGAGCCGCGUCACGUGCUGCCUAUCUGUGGCCCGGAGCCUCCCGUGGAAUGGGCUGCGAGGGGGGAAGAGGCAGGAGGUGGGGGCGCCUUCUCCCCACCCCUUCCCGGCUCCGAGAAACAGUGAAUCUCUGCAGCGCGUCCUGAUUGGCUGGCCAGGCGGCAGCUGCCCCACUAUAAAAGCGACUCUCUCUGCCGCAGUUGGCAGUUGGUGCAGAGGCGGGCCGGAGGGCUUCAGCCUUCCCAGCGGCGCAGGCAGCCGCCCUCGGAGCGCCUCGGUCCAGCGGCCUUCCUCCCCGCGCCAAGAUGGACUCCCCAACGUUUGGCUGGCGCAGGUCCCGAGAGGAGUAUCGCAGUGGGGCGCGCCUCUCCUGGGCCGCGCCCUCUGGGGCCCCGCCGCGCGCCAGCCGCCUCUCUGCCGCGCUGGGCCAGGUGGCCGACCCCCUGGAGCGUCUCGACCUGGCGCAGGUGAGCAACCUGAACGCCGAGCUGCUGGGGCUGCGCGCCCAGGAGAAGGAGCAGCUGGUGGAGCUCAACGACCGCUUCGCCACCUACGUGGAGCGCGUGCGGGACCUGGAGCACCGCAACCGGGCGCUGCUGCUGGAGCUGGAGGCGCUGCGGCGGCAGGAGCGCACGCCGGCCCGCCUGCCGCAGCUCUAUCAGCAGGAGGUGCGCGGCCUGCGGGCGCUGCUGGAUUCCGAGGCCGGGGACAAGGCGCGCCUGGAGGCCGAGCGCGACCGCCUCCGCCAGUCCUGCGGGCAGCUCCGCGAGCGCUGCGCCCAGGAGGAGCGCCGGCGCCUGGACGCCGAGGAGACGCUGCGCCGCGUCCGGGAAGAGGCUGCCCAGGCCACGCUGGCUACCUGCGACGCGGACGGAGCGGCCGGCUCGCUGCGCGCCGAGCUCGCCUUCCUGCAGAAGCUGCUGGGCGAGGAGCGGGCAGAGCUGCUGGCUCAAGCCGAGCUGGCCACGGCCACAAGGGCAGCAGUGGUGGAAGGCGUCCCAGCGGCGGGGACAGCCAAGCCCGACCUGGCGGCGGCGCUGCGGGACAUCCGCGCCCAGUACGAGCGCCUGGCGGCCAAGAACAUGCAGUCGGCGGAGGAGUGGUACCGCUCCAAGUUCGCCUCGGUGGCCGAGCUGGCCAGUCGCAACCACGAGGCAGUGCGCGGCAUCCGCCAGGAGACCGUCGAGUACCGGCGCUUGCUGCAGUCCCGCUCGGCUGAGAUCGAGGCCCUGCGCGGCGCCAUCGACUCCCUGCACAAGCAGCUGGAGAGCCUCGAGGGCCAGCAGAGCGCCGAGGUGGCCCGCUGCCAGGAGAGAGUGGCGGAACUGGAGCAGGAGAUCUCGGAGGCCAAGGAGGAGAUGGCGCGGUACCUGCGCGAGUACCAGGAGCUACUGAAUGUCAAGAUGGCACUGGACAUAGAGAUCGCUGCCUAUCGGAAGCUGCUGGAAGGGGAGGAGAUGUGGUGGUCGGCCUCCUUGCAGCCCUGGAUGAAGUGAGCCUCUUGCCGGGAGCCACAGCCCCCCUCCCUCCCUCCCUCCCUCCCUCCCUCUCCCCUUGCCCACCCCGCCAGGCUGCCCCCUCUGCAGCACUCAUUCUCCACACCUUCUCUGAAGGGGGCAUCUCCCACCCCCUGGACUUGGGUGGGGGUGGCAGGGCCUGGCAAGCCCACCCCCCUCCAGCCCAGGAGUGGCUCAUCCUAAUGAGCAGUGGGGGGGGGAGGGAGGGGAGAAGCAGAGCUGCCUUGUCUUGCUGGCGCUCCGCUGGCUCCUCUCUCCCUCCCUCCCCCCCCCGCCCUGCCCAGAGGAGCCUGGAGGGCCUUCAUUGGGUAGAGCUCGGCAGUGAACCACAGAGCUCUGCCUGAGGAAUGGCCGGCCUGGAGGCAGCAGGAGAGAGAGGAGCCAACUGAGCAAGGGGGAGCAGAAGCAACUGGGCUGCCCCCCCCCGUGCCCCCCUCCGAGGACCAGCCACUCCUGCUCCAGGCUCCAUCUUGCCACGAGAUACCACGGCGGGCAGUGGCCCUCCAGGACAGGCCUUGGGCCCGCACCCGCUCUGACCUGCAGCCUCCGGGCCUGUCUUGUGUCUGGAGGAAGCCCAUUCGGAAAGUACGAGGAAGCAACAGACCCCCAGCCCCAGGGCCCUCCCCACUGGGCCCCCCACCCCUUGCAUCCCACUCCAGCUUCCUGUGGGCCCCUUGAUGGCGCUGCUGCCCACAGCAGGGGGCUUUGUGUUCAGCCCGCCACAGCCUGGCCUCUACAAGGGUUUGGCAGAAGUGCCCCCUCCCCCCCCCGCCCUGACUCAAGCACCAGGCCCUGGGAAACCAGAGCUGCACCAGCACACGAGCACCUGCCCCCUCCGGCUCCUGGGGGGUGAAACAGCAUAUGCCCCGCACCCCCUUGGCCCCUGCCUCAGGCAGUGCAGCAGAGGCUGAGGGAGACCGGCUGCCGGCCUCUCCCGGGACCCCUCCUGGGGGCAGCUCCUUCCUGAGCAGUGCCCUGCAGCCGACGGCUCCCCACUGCUAGGAGCCAUGCUGGCCCACCUGGCAAGCUGCCUGGCUUCCACAGGGCGUGAGCAGCUGCCCAGUGAGCCCAGCCUCACGAAGCCCCCCCCCCAGCCCCCACUAGCUCCCAGGCCAAGAGGCAGCUUCUUGCAGAGCCAGGCCACAAACUCCAAUUGCAGGAUGGAGGGAGGGGGAACAGUGGUCAGGGGGGGUUGAACCAGGGGGGGGACAGGGCAACGAGACCCCCUUAUCAGCUCCCCCCCUCACCUCACCCUCUAGCAGCAGAUUGACCACACACAGCCCCCAGCUCCUGGGAGAGGAUUGCUGGUCUGGUGGUAGCAAGCAGGACUUGUCCCCUUAGCUAAGCAGGGUCCGCUCUGGUUGCCUAUGAAUGGGAGAUUAGAAGUGGGAGCACUGCAAGAUUAUAUUCCCCUCAGGGGAUGGAGCUGCUCUGGGAAGACCAGAAGGUUCUUCCAAGCUCCCUCCUGCCAGCACCUCCAAGACAGGGCUGAGAGAGAUCUCUGCCUGCAACCUUGGAGAAGCCGCUGCCAGUCUGUGAAGACAAGACUGAGCUAGAUGGACCCAUGGUCUGACUCAGUCGAUGGCAGCUUCCUAUGUCCCUAUGAGGGUGGCACUGCUCACCUAGCAGGGUAUCACACUCACUCCGUCCUCUCCUUUCCAAAUUAUGAGCACUGGUGGAAGAUUUGCACUUGUCUGAAACCCCACCACCCCACGCACUCCCCCCCCCACUUCCGCUGCCUCUGCCCCCUCACCUGAGCUGGAUAUGGCAGCUCCAACAGAAGCCCCACCACCUUGCUGCUCCCGGGGGAAGCUCUUCUCCCCUGGAGGGCCAGCAAGCCACCCUCGUUGUGCCUGGGCCAGGGGGAGGGGGGAGGGAACUGCUGGCAGGUGAGGCUGGAGGUGCUGCUCAAGAGCCAGGCAUGGCGGAUUCCCCCACCCCACCCCACCCCACCCCACCCCCGAAUCAUGCCAGCCAAAUCCAUCACCAGCUGCUCCUUCUUUGUGUCUCGGACAGAAUCGGAUCAAUAAAGAGCUGUGACCGGUC